UUUCAAUAAAAGCCAGAAACAGAAAGUAAAAGCCAACAUAACUCGGUGAUCCUGAAUGCAUAACGAUGAGUGCGACUUACAACCUGCUUGCUAAUCACCGACUGGAAGCUUACUACAACAAAUUUCUAGAGUUAGGAGUGAAAGAUGAACGGGACUUCGUUGAUAGUGUUACAGAAGAAGAUCUAACUAACCUUGGAUUAACGCAAGUGGAAAAGAACCGUUUUACUAAAUUGCGGAAUGAGGUUUCCAGAGUCAGAGCCCCAGUCCAGUCUGUUCCAUCUGUCCAAAAGUCGUUACAAGCAUUUUCUUUGAUGUAUACAUAUCCCAAAUGUCCUGAACCGAAACGCAUCACAGAUAUGGAUCCAACUCAAAACACUGUUGAAGACUUGAUGCUGAGGAUACUUCACAAUGAAGGUAUCGACCAAUCCCGCAAUGUCUGUCUCUUUACACGGGAUGGAAUGCCUCUGACAGACGAUCCCUUCUUCAACAAAUGGUCAUUACAGGACAGACACAUUAAAAGUGGGGAUAAGAUUUAUGCAAUUUUUACACCAAAGCAAAACUUGAGACAAGCUCCUGCAAAUAUCCAGCAGCCAAAUCCUGAGACCAGUGGAACAGACAGAGUAAAAUGUCAUGUCAUGCUCAAGGGGGAUUAUGAGCUAUCAGUGGACAUGGAAAAAGACACAAUGAAUGGUUUGAAGAACAAGCUUGGAAAUGAGUGUGGAAUUCCAUCUAAUGUCCUACAAUACAGAGGUGAAGGUGGCCCUGUGGACACACUGAAGAGUUGUGGAAUUACAGAGGAGUCAACAGUAUACUUCUCACUGUCAUCAUUUUCUGCUGACGAACAAGCUGCCAAUGAAUUCUUCAUCAAUGAUGUUGAGCCUGCAGUCCAGCAAACUCCCUUAGGAAUGAGUUCUUUGCUUUCAUCACUCUAUAUAAUUAAAUCAAAAUUUCCUGUGGAUUCUGUGAAGAAACUCAUUAGUUACAUACGCAAACUAACUGGAUGCAGCCCUCUGGCCCAAAGUUUAUAUCAGUUACUCUGUAAGAAUGAGCCUAUAUCCAGAAAUCAAAAGAUUGCUGCAGUUGAAGGAUUGUACAUCCUAUUCAGAGCGCUGUUGCCAGGUCUUGGAGCAAAACAAGAUGGAAAGAUCAUUGAAGACCAAGACGUCUUUGAGCAUUCAACCUACUGUUGGGCCUACCUCUUCUCUGAAGCACAGAAACAGACAUCAGAACAUGAGAACUACGCACCAUAUAUCUUGAAGAGUGAGAACGGCACCCGUCUCUGUGAGCCAGUCACUGUACCUGGAGUACCAGCAGUCAUGGAAAGAGCAACUGUUCUGCAAAUGAUAAAAGAUGAAGAGAAGAUUCCAAACUGCACUGAGAAGGUUUUGAAAGUCACUUCCCUAAAAAGAGCCACUGACAUUGAGAAAAUUCUGCUCAGUGUUCAUCCGUCAGUAACAACCUACCAUUUUUGGAUUUCUCAUGACAGUGUGAUUGGACAGAACUUUAACAUAAAUACUGGGAAGACUUUUGGAAGCAUGGCAGAGGAUCUAAAGGGUUUCCCACAACUCCAUGUGACCCCCCCACUGCGUCUGAAAGACUUAGGAUGUCAAGAUCCAUGUCUUGUUUUCCUGAAGAAAGACAAUCUUGGUGUUUAUCUCAAUAAAAAUAAGAUGCAACCAGAAACCAUAGAUGUGCGUGACUGCAUGGCUGGCAAAACCAAACAACUGGAUGUGAAUGUGCUGGCAGCUGAAAUUGGUGACUCCAGAGAUGACCAAUCAUUGGUUACAACCAGGACUCCAGUGGAGGCUAUACAGAUACUGAUAGACACAAGCUCAUCAAUGUCGGAAACAUGCUAUGGAAGUGUGGACAUCCAAAAGAUCCAUGCUGUAGCCGAGCUUUUUGACAAUUUUGCAUCACGCACUAUGGCUUAUGACUUCCAUCAUAUCAUUGGCCUUGUGACAUUUUCAUCAGAUGUAAAAACAGUGCACACAUUUACAGAAACACUGGAGAAGUUCAAGGAACAUGUGCGAAACCUCAAACCAUCUGGACAGACCGUGCUGUAUGAUGCUCUUGACCAUGGAAGGCUGGAGCUGGAAAAAGUGAAAAAGAUGUUUCCAGAAUGUAGACUUCGCAUUCUGUGUCUCACAGAUGGAAUUGAUGUUGGAUCCGUCAAAAAGUCUGCUGAUGUUGCAGCAGACUUAAUAAAGUCCAACAUAAUAGUGGAUUCGAUUCUGCUUGGAAAAGUGGCAAAUAACAUCCUUCAUGGAAUCAGCAUUGCAACAGGGGGGUGCUGCUUCAAACCAGAAACGAGCAAAGAUGGUCUCAAGAUUUUUGAGACUGAAACUGUUCUGUCUUUGGUGAUUAGGAAGCCCAGAAGCAAAGCUGACCCAUCAUCUAUCACUGAGAGUUCUUUGAAUGACUUCUUUGCUACAAAUGGCUACGAUUCACUUCCUGAGGCUGUAUUACCAAGUCAGCUGCAAAAAAAAGUGACUGUGACCCAGAAUGCUCUCAAAAAGAGGAUUGCGGAGGCCAAAGAUGGUCGCUUCAUGGAGAAAGACAGACGCAUCAUGGAGGAGCUGAAGGGUCUUCACUGCGAACCACAUCCCUACAUUAAUAUCUUUCCAUCGGAAUCUGACUUCACUUUCUGGAAGAUUGUCUUGGAGGGCCCUCCUGACACUCCAUAUGAGAAAGGAACAUUUGAGCUUUAUUGUCAGUUUGGCACUGAAUACCCAGUGAAGCCUCCAACAGUUCGCUUUGUGACUCCAAUAUAUCACUGCAACAUCAACAACGUGGGGCGAAUCUGCCACAAUAUUCUUGAUCGGAACUACAAUUCUCUAAUCACCAUGAGAGAAAUUCUUGAAGCUGUGUUCGGACUGCUGAUGCAUCCUGAACCAGAGGAUCCACUGGACAGCAUUCUGGCAGAGGAAUACAGAACCAAUAAGGAAUCAUAUGAUCAAGAAGCCAGAAAAAAAACUGAAGAAGCUGCAGGAGAAUCACUGGAGUCUAAGGAGAAGAAAUUAGUGGAGGAAGAGAAACCGUUCAUACCUCCACAUCUCAUCUGUCCACUGAGCAAGAAAAUAUACACUGAUCCAGUGAAAACAAAUCGCGGAGCAGUGUAUGAACGAAGAGCCAUUGAAAAACAUCUGAAAAUGCGCAACUGGGAUCCAUUUGGUGGACCAAAGGUUCUUCUUAGAAGAACUGAUCUAAAGCCAGACCGAGAAAUGAAGUCCAGGGUGAAAGCACAUCGUACAAGACAACUUGAGACAAGCGUUUAACCAAAUAACUUCAAUCACAUCACUGCAGUCCCUGUGUAUACUUUAACAUAGAUUCUCACCUUUCUGUGAGUAGAAUAUCUUCUUGUUUGUCUUUCAAACAAGAGGACUAUUAAGGUCACAUAAGUCAAUGACAUAAGCAUCACAAACACUGGCUUAUAUUUUGUCUCAUUAUUGUAUGUUAAGGCAAUAAACAGUUAAGACCAAAAUCAUUCACACAUCUAUCAUAUGGAUUCAAAUUCAUUUAAUUUAAACAAGAAGAUGGUUUGAGAUGGGAUAGGAAAUGAAACAGACAUCUCCCAAAAGACAAUAAACCAAAGUAAAAUUAGCCUUUAUAUUGAAAAAAUCUGUUUGGUUUUCAUUGCAUCUUAUUUAAAAAAUGACAUGCCAGAAAUGUGUGCUAUUAAUCAGUGGAAAAAUCUUCAUUGUCAUUUCAGAAAUCAAAAAGCAUUUUGCCUGUUUCCUCUGGUUUUAUGUUUAUAUUUGGUGAUAAUCUUCAAGUCUUUGAAAGCCCCUUGGCUUCUGCUCCAUCCACAAAUUCAAAAACUGUAUUACUGUAUAACUAACAACCAGAUUAUUUUCAAUUGUAAUGUGUGUCAAUAAUUUUUUACCUAAAUGUAUAAGGGAAAUAUUGUUAAGAACUGUUAACAACUAGUAAGUGAGAAUUUAUUUCUAUUGGAUAUCUAAUCAGUGUUUUGUUUCAUUUAAAAAUCUUUUUCCAGAAAUGGCACAACUUUUAGACAUUGUUUAGGAAAAAUCUUUUUUAUUUUCGGGAGUGAGCGAAACACUGAAUCAAUCAAAGAAAUGCGCAUUUGUAUUUAGAUAUUUUAUUUAGAAAUUCAGAGUAAGUAUCAGAGAUCAGCAAGAGAGAAGUGAAACUUAAAACAUACAAUUCUCCUUUUAUAUCUUAUCAGUCAUGUACACGGUGUCUUCCACCCAUUUCUCUCCUGUAGGGAGUUUCUCUGAGUUUCUCCCGUCUCUGGUGAAUUGGUAAUUCUGUUCCUAAAUCAAAUCUGGUUCAAAGGAACUUUGGUUGGAAAGAGAAGAAAAACCAUUUUCACUGAAACCUCGUUCAUCAGUUCCAUAAGUAUAACACCUGCUCAGAAACCUUCAUUAUCAGUUCAUUCUUCCCAGUAAAUAAGCAAAAGUUUUAUUUUCCAAGACAACAUAUAUUUUGGUAAAGAGUAAAACUACAUUACUUUAAAAACAUUGGACACUUAGUCAGUUGUAUUUCAUACCUAAUUGUUGCUGUAUGUAGAUAUGUAUUUCAGAGUGCUAGGCACAAAAUAGUUGCCAACAGCAACAUAUCAUACAAAUAUGCAACAUGCAAAUCUAAUUUCCUAGUUAAAAGAUUUUCACAUUGUUGCAUCUAAUGUCUCAUUACUUAUUAACAGCAACCAUAGUAAGCAGUUAUAGACUGGUUAUCAGCAAUAACGUGACAUGGGAAACCUGUGGUGAAAUUAAUAUAGCUUUUAUUUACUUACUGUUUUUAAUCUGAUGUGUUAUUCAAGCAUGAAAUUAAUUUAUUCUAAUCCUAUUGCCAACAUAAAUAGUUUGUUUUCUUGCUAAACUGAUUACUAUUUGUGUUUGAUAUAAUGUUCUUGGGUCAAUUAAAAUGUAAUGGUUGAAAAUAUAGGGCUUUUUGUUGCAUUUUUCACAUUCAAAAGGUUGCUUUUAAUCAAUGACUGUGGUCAAAUAUUUUACUGGUUACAUAUUAAAUCUGGAACAAAUGAAUUGUUUUUGUAAUUUGAAUAAAAAUGUAUUUGGUCUAGAA